AUGACUUCGCGGAAAAUCCGGGAAAACACAUUUCGGAUCGAUUUCUCGAACAUUCCGAAGAAGCCAUCCUUCAAGGAGGUUCAUUCCUUCGUCGCGCGUGAACUCGGGCUCUCACGGGAGAACGUACAACGUAUUCAAAUUAGUCAUGUGUAUGCAUGUGCCUUCGUACAAACUGUGGAUGCUGCUACAGCUGAACAAAUUGUGAAGCAUCACGAUAACAAACAUGAAUACGAGUGUAACAAAAAGAAAUACCGUCUUCGUAUCUUCAUGGAAGAUGGAUGCACACAAGUAAAACUACACGAUCUCUCUUCUGAUGUGAGUGACGAGCAGAUAACACAACACAUGGCACAGUAUGGUGAUGUAGUGUCAAUACAUGAGCUUGUCUGGAGCGACGACUAUGAAUUCAGCGGGUUGUUUACAGGGAUCAGACUGGUUCGUAUGGUUCUGAAACAGCAAGUCAAAUCGUACAUUAACAUCGGAGGUGAGUGCACCUACGUGACUUAUUCUGGACAGCGUGCCACAUGCCGGCAUUGUGGGGAAUAUAUCCAUACCGGUAUUCCCUGCAUUCAGAAUAAGAAACUGUUAGCACAGAAGGCCAGCGUGAAUGAGCGUCUGAGUUCCGCUAAGCCAAGCUCUUACUCCGAUGCCGUUCGGAAUGCACCACCUCGCUCUGCAUCGACAAACAGCAAUACUGAUCGUGUUGAAAGGCAAUCAACGAAGAAUCUCAGUGGUCGUGAACAAAUGAGCGCCACCUUCGUAGAUGUUUCAAAAACCAAGCCUGCUGAGAAGACAAACCCACAAAACGACAUAUCUCCUUUCGAAAGUCGUGAAUCUUCUUCCUCAUCGCAGAAAACUAGUCAGCAACUUCUACGGUCAAACGAACAAUCCCUAAUGAUGGACAUCUCUCCGGACUCUGAGCUACCACAAUUCAGAGUUCCAAUUCUUCCUGCAGCUGCGGAGAAAACAAUUGGAAAACACAAACGAGACGACGAUAGCGGUACUGACGGUUCAUCGGCUUCACAAACUAGAGAAUCGCGGCCGCGUACCAGGAAAACCCAACCGAAGGCUCUACGAUCAGAAGAACAAUGA